AUCAACUUCCUAUUUGUUCCUAUUACUUCCGGUAUUGUGUAAAUAAACACUUUGCCUUAUUCACCUAUUUUCUGCAAUGGACAAUCUAGGAAAUGCCUUUUGGCUUACGACUGUUGCCGCCUUCUGGGGCCUCACGAAUCCUUUUAUUAAAAGGGGCAGCCGAGGUGUGGAGAAUAUAAAGAGAGAUAACUCUGUGAGGCAGUUUCUAGCAGAAUUACGUUUUCUCUUUUUCAACUGGAAGUAUCUUCUGCCAUUUGUUGUGAAUCAGUUUGGAUCUGUCUUGUACUAUAUCACACUUGCUUCUGCUGACUUGACUCUGGCUGUUCCUUUGACAAAUUCACUCACUUUUAUCUUUACCAGCAUUUCCGGAAGACUGUUGGGAGAGAAAAUACAGCAUUGGGAGACCUAUGUUGGUAUGGCCUUUGUGGUUAUUGGUGUUUUACUCUGUGUCAUCAGUAAAUACUGAAGACUGCAAUAAUCUACACAUACUGAAGGUGUUAUUCAGUGACUAAAGCUUCCAGCUACACUGGAAGAUGUAGCUCAGUGACUAAAGCAUCCAGCUACACAGGGGAAGAUGCAGCUCAGUGAAUAAAGUAUCCAGCUACACAGGGGAAGAUGUAGCUAAGUGAAUAAAGUAUCCAGCUACACAGGGGAAGAUGUAGCUCAGUGAAUAAAGUAUCCAGCUACACAGGGGAAGAUGUAGCUCAGUGACUAAAAUAUCCAGCUACACGGGAAGAUGUAGCUCAGUGACUAAAGUAUCCAGCUACACGGGAAGAUGUAGCUCAGUGAAUAAAGCAUCCAGCUACACAGGGGAAGAUGCAGCUCAGUGACUAAAAUAUCCAGCUACACAGGGGAAGAUGUAGCUCAGUGAAUAAAGCAUCCAGCUACACAGGGGAAGAUGUAGCUCAGUGACUAAAGCAUCCAGCUACACAGGGGAAGAUGUAGCUCAGUGAAUAAAGCAUCCAGCUACACGGGAAGAUGUAGCUCAGUGACUAAAAUAUCCAGCUACACAGGGGAAGAUGUAGCUCAGUGAAUAAAGCAUCCAGCUACACAGGAGAAGAUGUAGCUCAGUGAAUAAAGCAUCCAGCUACACAGGGGAAGAUGUAGCUCAGUGAAUAAAGCAUCCAGCUACACAGGGGAAGAUGUAGCUCAGUGAAUAAAGCAUCCAGCUACACAGGGGAAGAUGUAGCUAAGUGAAUAAAGUAUCCAGCUACACAGGGGAAGAUGUAGCUCAGUGAAUAAAGUAUCCAGCUACACAGGGGAAGAUGUAGCUCAGUGAAUAAAGCAUCCAGCUACACGGUAAGAUGUAGCUCAGUGACUAAAAUAUCCAGCUACACAGGGGAAGAUGUAGCUCAGUGAAUAAAGCAUCCAGCUACACAGGGGAAGAUGUAGCUCAGUGAAUAAAGUAUCCAGCUACACAGGGGAAGAUGUAGCUAAGUGAAUAAAGUAUCCAGCUGCACAGGGGAAGAUGUAGCUCAGUGAAUAAAGCAUCCAGCUACACGGGAAGAUGUAGCUCAGUGAAUAAAGCAUCCAGCUACACGGGAAGAUGUAGCUCAGUGACUAAAAUAUCCAGCUACACAGGGGAAGAUGUAGCUCAGUGAAUAAAGCAUCCAGCUACACAGGAGAAGAUGUAGCUCAGUGAAUAAAGCAUCCAGCUACACAGGGGAAGAUGUAGCUCAGUGAAUAAAGCAUCCAGCUACAUGGGAAGAUGUAGCUCAGUGACUAAAAUAUCCAGCUACACAGGGGAAGAUGUAGCUCAGUGAAUAAAGUAUCCAGCUACAGAGGGGAAGAUGUAGCUCAGUGAAUAAAGCAUCCAGCUACACCGGAGAAGAUGUAGCUCACUGAAUAAAGUAUCCAGCUUCACAGUGAAUAAAGAAGGGUCCAGUAAGGCAGGAACGGUUCUAUAUCAAAUAUGUAUUUAAUUUCUGCAGUGUGAGAAACAGUAAUAACAAAAUUAAACGGUCGCUCUGUGAACUUACUUCAGUCAGCAGGGUAACACGGUAGUAAAUUGUAACCUCUGUUGUCUCAAGCGAGUUAGAAAAGCAAUGCUUUAAUAACUGAUGAUGCCACUCACUGGAAUAGCACUUAUGAUGUGUUUGAAAGAUUGCUGCAGCAACGAGUCCCUGUUUACACGAUACUGCACGAUGCAUCUAUUACUAGACCAUAUGAUCCACAAACACUUGAUAUGUGUGAGGAGCAUUGGUACAUCAUCGAUGCACGGUUGCCUCUUCUAAAACCUUUUUACUUUGCAACGAGGGUGAUGUGUUCAGAAGAAUAUUCCACACUGAGUGGUGUCUUGGCCAUACUUGGUGACAAAUCACAUGAAAAUAAGGGAUACGGACACUGCUGUUGUGGUGGAUUUCAAAGAAUGUAUCAAGAAGGUCUUAAAUAAAAGAUUUCAUCUGGAUGAGGACAGUCUUGUGAAAUCAUCUUUGGCCAUGUUCUGCUUCUUUGAUCCCCAUUACAAGUCCCUGCCUUUUUAACCGAGGAUCAGCGAGUUUGCCUCCAGACCUUUGUGAAACAAGAAGCCGUACAAUUUUCCAAAGUUAGAACAGAUCUGCAACAUGAUGAGGAACAUGCACAGGAUCCAUCCAUGAACUUAACUGAUGAGUCUGUGGCAUGUAAACAUUGCAAGUUGAAUCAAGAGGAUAUGUGUUACCGAAGGUUCUAUAUAUAGCACAGAAGACUUAAGCUGGGGUUUAAGGUCUUUAUUCAGGGAUCACCUGGAGGGAUGUGAAGAUCCCGAUGUUUAUUAAAACAUUCUCACACAAAUAACGACCCUGGAAUAACAAAAGGACAUAAAAUCAGUUACAUUUUCCAGGUUACAACAUAUAUUAUUUUACCAUACAUAACGUUAUUUGCCAAGUACAAAUUACUACAAUAUUAUAUUACUAAUGUACAUUUAACACCAACAUUUCAAUUCAAAGAGACUCAAAUCAAAUAUAAUUAUAAUUCAAAGGUUAAUUUAAUUAUCACAUCAUUGCUAUAAGCAUGUGCUAAGCACGUCAUAAAAUUAUAUAAAUACCUGUCUGUAUAUUCUAUAACACACAGAAUCACGACAUCACAUAAGUAAAUAUUUAACCUACCGACUGUGGAUCAGGUUGUUUGAAUAAUGAUGCUGGUUGUGCUACAUCAUUGAUAACCUGUCAACAAAAUACCACUUAUAAAUAGGAGCACAUAAAAUGUACACAUAAAAUAUAUUCAUAUAUACACUUAAUAAUAAAGUAGAUUAAUAACUGAUUUAGUUAUUUACUUAUUUGUAUUAUCAAACCUAAUCAAAUAUUCGUCUUGGAAGACAAAUAUCCCUAUAUAAUUAUAAACAUUAUUAAACACUACUUUAACUCGUUCGCUAUAGAAUAAUAGAAUAAGUUUAAUCAACUGCUUACACAUGCUAAGUUCUAAUUUAAGGCUUAUAAAAUAUGCAUACACUAAUCUAUUUUACUACUUAAAACACAUGGUUAUAUCUUAAAAUAUAUGUUUGUAUUUACCUGUGCUGUUAAUAACUAUGCCGUGCAGAACUUGAUCAAAUGGAAAACUUGCAAUGCAGAAAACCACCUCUGUCUUGCUUGAACAUUUAAAAGUCUUCGACUCCAGAGAACACCAGAUAACAAAAGAAACAAUAGAUGGGCUUACUAUUGAAGGACUACCUGGCCUGAACACUGAGUUGAGGGUGAACACAACCCAAGCUGACAAUUCCAAAGACACAGGAAAACAAUAGAAACAAAAUAAGAGACAGCUUUGCACUAUUAGAGUUAGAAAGAAUAAAAUAUAUGUAAACUGUUUUAAAAUUGUAGUGUAUGUGAUAUGCAAUUUAAAACAUCCGGUUACAUAUGUCAUACUUUCUUGGAGACUUACCAAAAAGACUUCUGCAGUACCCGACUCCAUUGAUUCUGAGCUUCAUUUGUAUCUGAAAGACAAGCCAUUGCCAACGAAACAUCACCCAUUCAUGUGGUGAAAAUGCAAUGCUGAAAGUUAUACACAUUUGAUGAUGCUUGUAAGAAAACCUCCCUGCAUCCCUGGAACAUCUGUGCCCUCGGAACGAGUUUUUACCACAUCAGGUGGAACUGUAACAAAACUGCGAGCGUCACUCGACUCAUCCAUGUUGGACAAACUGAUAUUUUUGAACAAAGUGCAAUAAGCAGUCAUACAUCCAUCAAUGGAAAAGGAUGCAGCUCCAGAACAGUGUGAUGAAGCUUUAGCAUCAUAGUCCAUGUCGACUACGACUCCACCCGUAUCAUUGCUUCCAUACUUCCCAGGCGAGGCCAGCAUACAAUAAACAUGAAAUGUUACUUUUAACUCUCACAGUAAAUAACUCCAGUAACUUGCACAGUGUUCUAGACGUUAGUUGGUUUUCCUUUAUUCUUUAUGAACUAUUAGUGUCUCUUUAUCAAAAAUUAGACAAGCAUACGUGAGUUGUUAUUAGAUGACUUCUGUUAAACGUAUUUAAAAAGUACACAAUUUUUAAAGGC